AUGUUAGUGCCAGCUACGGAUGACCUGAUAGCUACAAUUGUUGAGAGUACAUUUUCUAUGUUUAGGAAUGGUGAUUGUGAUCACAGUUACCUUGAAACUCGCGCGAUACUAGCUCCAACCCUUGAUGUUGUUACUUCCAUAAAUGAUUAUAUGAGCAAUUUGCAUAUAGCUGAGAGCAAGACAUAUUUUAGUUGCGACACUCUUUGUAAGUCUAAUUCAAACAAUGGUAUCUCUGCAGAUGUGUACACUCCUGAAUUUCUAAAUGGAUUUUUGCGAGCAUCCGGUCACUCGAUGGGUUUAUGCAAUGGUACUAGGUUGGUCAUUACCAAGUUAUCUGAUAAUGUAGUACAAGCAAAGAUAAUGACCGGUAGCAACGCGGGUGCUCGGGUUCCUCGGAUUGCUAUGACAUUGUCUGCUCCAAGAUUAUGCUAUGACACUGUCAGCUCCAAGCAGGGUCAUUCCUAA